GUCCCCGGAGGACGAGGCAAAGAUGGCACUGUUGGCCAUGAUCCUCAGCACCAUCUUCAUGAACGGGAACAUCAUCACUGAAGAGGACUUGUGGCAUGCACUCAAGAAAAUCGGAAUACGAUCUGACGAGAAGCACGGAACGUUUGGGAAUGUGAAGAGCGUGAUAAUGGAGGAAUUUGUGCGACAGGGCUACCUGGAGUUGGUGCCGCAGCCCAACACCGACCCGCAGGUCAAGGACAUCGCCUGGGGUCAGAGGGCAAAGCAUGAGUUCUCCAAGCGAGAUGCGCUUAACUUUGUCAGCCAGAUCUACGACACGGAGCCCACGGCCUGGCUCCACCAGUGGCAACAAGUCCAGGCCGAGGCAGAGGCUCAGGACCAGGACCGACCGUCCACUUCAGCCGCGACCUCGUGACCUGUGCUCCAUUUGUUUCUCUGCAGAUAUUUCCAUGAUGUUUUGUUCCUAUCGUGUAGCUGGUUUCUUGAAAAAAAUUUCCCUGCUCAAAAUUAAUUUCAGGAAGUUUCAAUUUAUUGCUAAAUAAGUUCCUAGAUAGAAACUAACCAGUAGACUACAUUAAAAAAUGUAUUUAAUAAUAAUACAUUUUUUAGGGUACAAAAGUCCGUUUUCGUUUGGAAAAUAUACAUAUUUCUGUUCUCUGGAGGUAGGCUUAAUGGUCCUCCAAAACUUGCUGAUGCUGAAGAGCAAUUAUGAACUUUCAAGGCAGGAUUUGUGAACAAAGCCCUGCCCUAAGUCAAUUGGUGAAAUAUUUUUCUGCAGGUCUACUUUGAAAAGCUUGAAUUUUUUAAAUGUAGAAAAGUGUAUGAAGGGUUUGGAGGGGGUCUUACUUGGCCAGUGCCCACCAUCUUGACCCACCGAGUGGGGAGAAUCUGAGUUUGGGUUUUGUAAAGUUGGCAGCUAUGUGAGUUAUUACAAUGAUCUGUUCUUGUAUUGUGGGAAGAUUUUUCAGUUACACGAUUGGAAAAUACCACCGUCAAUUUGACGUUGUUGAUGUACAGAAUUAAAAUGACUUUUUUUUUACAUUGA